UAUAUCUCGAGCUCCUGCUAACAUAAACAGUGUGAUUAAUUUAGCUGAAGUUCAGGACUACCCACUGCUUUAUGCACUUGGCUUGGAAGUGAUUAACCAUUGGCAGGUAUAUAGCACAUACCCUCACACACAUACACACACUAUGUAUAUAUAUAUGAACUCAAAAGAGCACUAGCAUAAAGGGCAGGGCACUCGAGAAAUUGGUUUGGAUACAGCCACCAAGAUAUGAACUGAGAUUUGUUGAAAGAUGAGAAAGAUAUUUAUGGGAAUUCAUAAAUGCUAUUGAUACAGUAGACAGUCGUAUAAUUCAAUGAGGAUGCUGAGGAGGUUCUGAUCCAUUUUCAAUGAGAAAAAAUAAUUUGUCAACUGGAAACUGAAGUCUACUUUUCUGGAAAGUAUUGAUCCAGACUUGGCCUUGGUACCUACAAGCAGUGUUUGGCAUUUGUCACUCGGGUAAUUUGGAUGAUGGACACUGUAGUAUAUGAUUAUGAAUAUACGCUUCAGGAUUGACAGUAUUGUUCACCUUUUAGUCAGACUAUUUCACCCCUUGGCUGUAUACUAAAUCAUUGGUCUUUGGAAAAGUUAGGGCUCCUAUCGAUCCAUGCACUGACUUAUUAUAGGAGCAAGUAUAAGUAUGAUAUCAUCAAUGUGGGUUCUAUUCAUGCAGGUUACAGGGGAAAUGGUAGGGAGAGAAUGAUUUGGAAAGGGAGCAUCAAGUAAAUGAAGCAGAGGAUAUUACAUUUGGGUAUUGUAUGUACAAUUCAAUCCAGGAAUUCUCUCUCCUUCCCCUGCCCCCUUCAUUUUUGCAUGGGAAUCUUUAUUUUCAAUAUUCCAAAACAGGAGUGAUAUCUGCAGGAAUACUGGAUCUGAUGUCUUAAUGAUUUUUACCUAAUCUGUGUUCAAAGUAAUUGGUUAUCCUGCAGAUUGAUUAAUUGAAAGAUCGAGGCACCUCAAAAUUAUGAGCAGGAUUUUUAGGAGGGACGCAUCUUGGUUGAAUUCUGCCCACCAUUCAUACGAAAUGAGAAAAUAUUGACAAAUCUACAGGUAUCAUAGGAAUUCUUGAAAAGGCAUCUCUUUUGGAUAUCCAGACUGAAUUUAUGGAAAAACUGUCUUGAGGAAGGACAGAGCUGAGAAGAUGAGAGUCAAAGCUGUUUGGAACUCUGCAGAUACCCCUCCUGCAGAGCAACAAGAUUUAUUCAUCAAGAAACUCCAGCAAUGUUGUGUUGUAUUUGAUUUUAUGGAUCCUAUAUCGGACUUAAAAAGUAAAGAAAUCAAGCGAGCUUGUCUUAACGAGUUAGUGGAUUAUAUCACAGCCACCCGUGGCGUGCUCACAGAACCAGUAUACCCAGAAAUGGUUAAAAUGAUUGCAUGCAAUAUAUUCAGGACGCUGCCCCCAAGUGAUAAUCCCUCUGAUUUUGACCCCGAGGAGGAUGACCCUACUCUCGAAGCAUCAUGGCCUCAUCUACAGUUUGUGUAUGAGUUUUUCCUCCGGUUCUUGGAAUCACCAGAUUUCCAACCCAGCUUGGCCAAGAAAUAUAUUGACCAAAAGUUUGUCCUGCAGCUUCUAGAAUUGUUUGACAGUGAGGACCCUAGAGAAAGGGAAUUUCUCAAGACAGUCUUGCAUCGGAUAUAUGGUAAAUUCUUAGGUCUCCGAGCUUUCAUUAGGAAACAAAUCAACAAUUUUUUUCUGAGGUUCAUUUAUGAGACAGAAUCCUUCAAUGGUGUUGGAGAAUUAUUAGAGAUUCUUGGCAGCAUAAUCAAUGGAUUUGCAUUACCAUUGAAAGUAGAACAUAAACAGUUCUUAACAAAGGUCCUAAUUCCACUCCACAAAGCCAAAUCCCUUAGUCUCUAUCAUGCACAGCUAGCUUACUGUGUUGUACAGUUUCUAGAAAAGGAUGCAACACUCACAGAACCAGUUGUCAGAGGAUUGCUUAAAUUUUGGCCGAAGACAUGUAGCCAGAAAGAAGUGAUGUUUCUUGGAGAAAUUGAAGAGAUACUGGACGUCAUUGAACCUACUCAGUUUCAGAAAAUUCAGGAACCUCUGUUCAAACAGAUUGCAAGAUGUGUGUCCAGUCCACAUUUUCAGGUGGCAGAGAGAGCACUGUACUACUGGAAUAAUGAAUACUUAAUGAGCCUGAUAGAGGAGAAUUCCAACAUUAUCAUGCCUAUUAUGUUUCCUGCACUGUACCGGAUUUCCAAAGAACAUUGGAACCAAACCAUAGUGGCACUGGUCUACAAUGUCCUUAAAACAUUCAUGGAGAUGAAUGGGAAACUGUUUGAUGAACUCACAUCAAAUUACAAAGCAGACAGGCAAAAAGAAAAGAAAAAAGAGAAAGAAAGAGAAGAGCUGUGGAAGAAACUAGAGAAACUAGAACUCAAAGACAAAGCCAAGCUUGCCAGCUGAAUGGACAUGUUAUCAAUAUAAGGAGAAACUGUGCUGAUUUGUGAUUGCUGACAAGACACUAUACACACACAUAUAUAUAAACACACUCAAACAUGUUAACUGUAAUCAUUAAUGAGGAAAAACCAGUCAUACAUUCAUGUGCACAGACAGUUUCUGCUGGAUUACUUUGCACUGUCUGUGUUUAUCACUGUUGAAAAGACCUGGUAUGUCCAAUUUGAUGAUAGCUUCACCAUAUGACGGAUGUUAAACUUGAGCACUAGUAACUAAUAUAUAUAUAUAAAUGCAUAGAGAUUGCUUAGGGAUCAAUUGUUCCUAGUCUGCAGGAAUGUGGUAUGAUUUUUUAACCAACUUCAGUGUCAUAAAUGAGUGGUUAUGGUGAACCCAUGGCAUCUUUUCAAAAUUGAAAGAGAAAAACAUACACCAAGCUUUUUUUCAGAGCCUACAUCCGGUUCAUUUUUGAAUACAUAUAUCUUUAUAAAUAUAUAUAUAUACACACAUAUGUAUGAUGGGCAACAUUGCCCAGGAGCUGUGGAAGUGUCACCUCACUAUGGCAGUUGCUCAAGGUUUCACGAUGUAACAAAUAUAAAUGUUGUGUGUUAUCCACAUGCAAGUGUGAUCAGUGCCACUUGUGGAAGCUUUUUUUUUCUCUGUAAAAAAAAGAAAGAAAAAAACAACAAAGAAAAAAAACAUUGUGUGAUUAGUUUGUAUACUCCAAAACCAGUGUCUUAAGUUGAAUCUCUGAACUAUCAUGCAAUGUGCUGAUUCUAUUUAUGCUACAUAAAAAGGUCAGUCACCCACUUUUUAUUUUUCAUUGCAAAAAAUGAUGGCUAAUACAAAUGUUAGCUUAAAUGUCACAACUUUGCAUGAAAAUAAAUGAAAUAGUUACAUGUUAGGUGGAUUUUAACUUGUAAUACAGGAAUAUGUAUGGUUAUGCAGGAAAAUAUUGCAUUGAUUUUGUUAUACGCAACAAAAUGAACAUCUCGUGAUAACAGUGAAUGUACACGUACAUGGAGCCUACUUCAGGAUCUUAAAGAUUAACUGUUGUGCUCAAUGCUUAAUUGUAAUAAAUAAUGAAGGUUUGA